UAAGUCUUCGUGGUAUCCGCUUAGUGCUUAGUUAGAUACAUAUUUUCCACAGUAUCCACUCGCUGGUUAUACACACCGUUUGCAACUCCCAAUUGCUAAGGCGAGUCAAUAAGUGCCGUUGCAAUGAGUGAUGAAAAAUUGCAGCAGGGUCAUAAAAUCACAACAGUAAAUUCAUCAACUAUUCCAAGUAUAAAUUCAGGAAUUCUAUGCAUGAAUAUGAUAAACCAAGAUAAUGCUGUAUUAAAAAUUCAUACUGAACCAAAAGACAUUAUUUUAGACCAGGAAGUGGUUUCACCCAAAGUAUGUUCAACAUUUACAAACACAGAUAAAUCGUUAACUAGUUCAAAAUUUAAAGUUUCUGUAAAUGGUAAUCCAGUUCAUGAAAAAAUAUCAGAUAUGCUAUCAAUUUCAACUCCAGUUACUGGAAUAUUAUCUCCAGUGGCAUGUUCUAUGAUUGAUGUACAGACUACACAAAAUCUUUAUUAUGAAUUUCCGAGAACUAUUACAGCAAUAUCAUCAAUACCAACUGAUUUGAUGCUAGUGUUUUGUAUACCUCAUAAUAUCAUGUCAUUAUAUGUGCAACCAAGAAUUGAUUAUGAACUGCAGUUUAAUAUAUUUAAUGCUCGUAACAUACUCAGAAGUACUACAUUCAUGUAUGGGCCAAACGUGGUAAAUGUAUUACCAAAAAUUGAGCAUUCAAAAUACUCUAUGAAAAUAUGUUACAAUGAUAAGCAUCUUUCACCUUCAAUAGAUGUUUUUAAAAUCACAACUGGAACACAAGUAACACAAUCAUUUCAAUUAAAAUCUGUAGAAAAGGUUUCAGUUAGGAAACUACAAAAUGUGAAUGGAAUCAAUUUAUACAAUCCUUAUGACCUUAUUCAUAAUCUCAAUAAUGAUGUAAUGAUUACAACUGACAUCAGAGAGAAAAAUCAAACAUCAACAAAUAACCAGACAAAUUGACCAAAUUAGACCAUUAUAAUAGAACACGAAAAUUUGAUGGGAAUUCAUUAUACUGCAUAAUUUACAGGUA